AUGGGCUGCUGGUGGGAGCGCCUCGUGCUGCCGGUGCGCAGGGCGUGGCUCGGCGUCGCCUCCCGCUUCGGCGUGCGCCAGUCCGGGCUGUGGAGGCUCCGGCAGGAGGUGAGCACGUGCGAGUACGAGGACGUGCGCGUGAUGUGGGAGAUGCUGAGCCGCACCGCGACGGCGCCGCCGCCGCCGGCGGCCAGGCGCCACAGCAGGUUCCGGCAGCCGAGGCCGUGGGCCGACAGGCUCCGCCUCUGCCGGGACAUCUAG